AUGGAGGACACCGUCGUCCUGUACUCCUCGCCGGGGCACCUCAACUCCAUGCUCAUCCUCUCCAAGUUCUUCAGUAAACACCACCCCGCCCUCCCCGUCACCAUCCUCUGCUCCGCCCCCGAAUCCGCCGCCUCCUCCGUCUCCUCCCUCCCCUCCGUCACCUACCGCCAACUCCCCCCUGCCGCUACUCCUCCCAACCUCACCAACGACCCCGUCGAGCUCUUAUUCGAGAUCUCCCGCCUCAACAACCCCAUUCUCCUGCAAACCCUUCUCCAGAUCUCUGAGAAAUCGAGGAUCAGGGCCUUUGUAAUCGACUUUUUCUGCAACCCGUCGUUCGAUGUCUCCACCGGCCUCGGCAUCCCCACCUACUUCUACAUCAGCACCGGCGCGUUUACCCUUUGCGUUCUCUUCCAUUUUCCGACGCUCGACGAGAAGCUCCGCGAGCAGGACCUCGGCAGCCUCAACGACUUCGUUGAAGUCCCCGGCUGCCCUCCGAUCUACUCAACGGAUUAUCCCAGAGCCAUGUUUUUCCGGCGGACCCCCGUAUACCAGAACUUCCUCUCCAUGGCCAACAACACACUGCAGUCGGCUGGGAUCUUGGUGAACUCGUUCGACGCGCUCGAGUCGCGGGCCAAGGAGGCGCUCGACUCUGGCGCGUGCGUCCCCGGAGGCUCGACACCGCCGGCGUACUUCAUCGGGCCACUCGUUGCGGAGGCGGCCGCCAGCGGCGGCGGAGACCGCCACGAGUGCCUGCGGUGGCUCGACGCGCAGCCAUCCAGGAGCGUGGUCUUCCUCUGUUUUGGGCGCAGGGGGCUGUUCUCGGCGGAGCAGCUGAGGGAGAUGGCGGUGGGCCUGGAGGGCAGCGGCCACCGGUUUCUCUGGUCGGUGAGGAGUCCGUCCGGCCCGGCGGAUGAGGAACCGGACCUGGAGGCGCUGCUGCCGGAUGGGUUUCUGGAGAGGACCAAUGACAGGGGUUUCAUUAUAAAGUCGUGGGCUCCACAGAGAGAAGUGCUGGAUCACGAGGCGGUGGCCGGAUUCGUGACCCACUGCGGCCGGAGUUCCAUCCUGGAGGCUGUGACGCGCGGGGUGCCGAUGAUCGGGUGGCCGAUCGAUGCGGAGCAGAGGUUAAACAGAGUGUUUAUGGUGGAGGCGAUGGGGGUGGGGCUGCCGCUGGAGGACGGGAAAGACGGGUUCGUGGCGGCGGCGGAGCUGGAGAAGCGGGUCAGGGAGCUGAUGGAUUCGAAUGCGGGCCGGGCCGUGAGGGAACGGGUCGAGGAGAUGAGGAGGGCGGCCGAGGCGGCCGUCGGGGAGGGUGGGUCGUCGCUGGCGGACCUGAAUCGGUUCGUCUCGACGGUGACUCUGAAUUGA